GUGGGCGGGAGGCCGAGCGGGUCAUGGCGGCGGCGGCGGCUGGGAGCCGGGAGUGAGGACAGCCGAGCGCGAAUGGAGGCCCCGCACGUCCGCAGCGUCGAGGAGGUGCUCCGGCACUUUGGCGUCAACGAGAGCACCGGGCUGGGGCCCGAGCAGCUAAGGGAGGCCCGGGAGAAGUGGGGUCCCAAUGAACUCCCAGCGGAAGAAGGGAAGUCCCUCUGGACUCUGGUGGUCGAGCAAUUUGAAGAUUUACUGGUGCGGAUCCUGUUACUCGCUGCCAGCAUCUCGUUUCUGCUGGCCUGGUUCGAGGAGGGCGAGGAGACGGUCACCGCGUUCGUGGAACCCUUUGUCAUCCUGCUGAUCCUGGUGGCUAACGCCAUCGUCGGUGUGUGGCAGGAGAGGAAUGCCGAGAACGCCAUCGAGGCCCUGAAGGAGUACGAGCCGGAGAUGGGCAAGGUUUACCGGCAGGACAGGAAGACCGUCCAACGCAUCAAGGCCAGGGACAUCGUUCCCGGCGACAUCGUCGAGGUCGCAGUGGGAGACAAGGUCCCAGCCGACAUCCGCCUCACGUCCAUCAAAUCGACAACACUGAGGGUGGAUCAAUCCAUACUCACAGGGGAGUCCGUCUCCGUCAUCAAGCAUACAGACCCCGUGCCCGACCCCCGUGCAGUCAACCAGGACAAGAAGAAUAUGCUGUUCUCGGGGACCAACAUCGCCGCGGGCCGCGCCCUGGGGGUGGUGGUGGCAACGGGGCUGCACACGGAGAUCGGCAAGAUCCGGGAGCAGAUGGUGGCGACGGGGCAGGAGCGGACGCCCCUGCAGCGGAAGCUGGACGCCUUCGGGCAGCGCCUGUCCCAGCUGAUCUCCGUCGUCUGCCUGGCCGUCUGGCUGAUCAACGUGGGCCACUUCGCCGACCCGGCCCACGGCGGCUCCUGGCUCCGCGGCGCCGUCUACUACUUCAAGAUCGCGGUGGCGCUGGCGGUGGCCGCCAUCCCCGAGGGCCUUCCCGCCGUCAUCACCACGUGCCUGGCUCUGGGCACCCGGCGCAUGGCCCGCAAGCAGGCCGUGGUCCGCAGCCUGCCCUCCGUCGAGACCCUAGGCUGCACCUCCGUCAUCUGCUCUGACAAGACCGGCACGUUGACCACCAACCAGAUGUCCGUCUGCAGGAUGUUCAUCGUGGAUAAAGUGGAAGGCAGCCGGGUCCAGCUGCACGACUUCACUGUCACCGGAUCCACCUACGCCCCCGAGGGAGAAGUGCUGAAGAACGGACAAGUCGUCAGGUGUAGUCAGUACGAUGGUUUGGUGGAGCUGGCGACCAUUUGUGCCCUGUGUAACGACUCCUCGCUCGAUUACAAUGUGGCCAGAGGCUCGUACGAGAAGGUGGGCGAGGCGACAGAGACGGCGCUUUGCUGCCUGGUGGAGAAGAUGAACGUGUUCAACACCAACCUGAAGAUGCUGGGCAAAGUGGCUCGGGCUAACGCCUGCUGCUCGCUCUUUAAGCAGCUGAUGAAGAAGGAGGUGACGCUGGAAUUCUCCCGGGAUCGCAAGUCCAUGUCUGUCAUCUGCUCCCCCAACAAGCCCACCCGCUCGGCACAGGGAUCCCGCAUGUUCAUCAAGGGCGCCCCGGAGGGGGUGAUCGAGCGCUGCCAAUACGUCCGGCUGGGCUCAGAACGGGUGCCUCUGACGGGCCCGGUGAAGGAACAGCUGCUGGCCGUGAUUCGGGAGUGGGGCUCGGGCAGGGACACCCUCCGUUGCCUGGCCUUGGCCACUCGAGACAGCCCUCCUCGCACAGAGCAGUUGCUGCUCGAGGACCCCACGCUCUUCGCUGAGUACGAGACGGAGCUGACGCUGGUCGGCUGUGUGGGCAUGCUGGACCCCCCUCGCCAGGAGGUGGCGAGCUCGGUUCGCCGGUGCCAGCGUGCCGGCAUCCGCGUCAUCAUGAUCACCGGGGACAACAAGGGCACGGCCGUGGCCAUCUGCCGGCGGGUGGGUAUCCUGGGGCAGGAGCAGCCGGCGGACGGGCUGGCCUUCACCGGGCGCGAGUUCGACGAGCUGAGCCCCUCGGCACAGCGCCAGGCCGUGAGCACGGCGCGCUGCUUCGCCCGGGUAGAGCCCUCGCACAAAUCGAGGAUUAUCGAGCUGCUGCAGUCGCUGGACGAGGUCACUGCCAUGACAGGCGACGGGGUGAACGACGCUCCGGCCCUGAAGAAGGCCGAGAUCGGGAUUGCCAUGGGAUCCGGAACGGCUGUGGCCAAAAGCGCCUCAGAGAUGGUGCUGGCCGACGACAACUUUGCCACCAUCGUGGCCGCCGUGGAGGAAGGGCGGGCCAUCUACAACAACAUGAAGCAGUUCAUCCGUUACCUCAUCUCCUCCAACGUGGGGGAGGUCGUCUGCAUCUUCCUGACGGCAGCGAUGGGGAUUCCCGAGGCUCUGAUCCCCGUGCAGCUGCUGUGGGUCAACCUGGUGACGGACGGACUGCCGGCCACCGCCCUGGGCUUCAACCCGCCCGAUCUGGACAUUAUGAGCCGGCCGCCGCGCACCAGCCGCGAACCUCUCAUCAGCGGCUGGCUGUUCUUCCGAUACAUGGUGAUCGGUGUGUACGUGGGAGCCGCGACGGUCGGGGCUGCGGCCUGGUGGUUCAUGGCAGCCGAGGAUGGGCCCAGGGUCAACUUCUACCAGCUGAGCCACUACCUCCAGUGCAGCGGGAAGAACCCCGACUUCCUGGGAGUGGAUUGCCGUGUCUUCGAAUCGCCCUACCCGAUGACCAUGGCUCUGUCCGUUCUUGUCACCAUCGAGAUGCUUAACGCCCUGAACAGCCUCUCAGAGAACCAGUCGCUGUUGAAGAUGCCUCCCUGGGUGAACGUCUGGCUGCUGGGCGCCAUCUGUCUCUCCAUGGCUCUGCACUUCCUCAUUCUCUACGUCGACCCCCUCCCGCUCAUCUUCCAGACCCGGCCGCUGCGGCCGGUCCAGUGGGCCGUGGUGCUGAAACUGAGCCUGCCGGUCAUCCUGCUGGACGAGACGCUGAAGCUGGCCGCGCGCCAGGCCCAGGAGGUGCCCGCGGGCGGUGCUGGGGGCUCCAAGCUGUGCCUGCUGUCCUGGCUGGAGGGCGUCUCCUGGGGCUUCCUGCUGGUGGCUGUGCCCUUAGUUCUCUGGCUGUAUAGCGUGGACACCAACAUCGCCAACACCCUGUGGUCCUGAGGCCGGGGGGCAGGGGAGAGAGCGAGAGGGAGGGAGGGAGACUCUCGGAGACCUCCGACAGCCCCUACCCAGGGAGGAGGGAGCAGUCCAUCACUUCCAGCCGUCUCUGAAGGGUAAAGGGGUUGUCCACAGACGCACAGGGACACAGACACACAGAGACAGACGCACAGGGACACAGGGACACAGACACACAGGGACAGACACACAGAGACAGACGCACAGGGACACAGGGACACAGACACACAGGGACAGACACACAGGGACAGACGCACAGAGACACAGACACACAGAGACAGACGCACAGGGACACAGACACACAGAGACACAGACACACAGAGACAGACGCACAGGGACAGACGCACACACACACAGAGACAGACGCACACACACACAGAGACACAGACACACAGAGACAGACACACAGGGACAGACGCACAGGGACAGACACACAGGGACACAGACACACAGGGACAGACGCACAGACACACAGAGACAGACACACAGGGACAGACGCACAGGGACACAGACACACAGGGACAGACGCACAGACACACAGAGACAGACACACAGGGACAGACGCACAGACACACAGACACACAGGGACAGACGCACAGGGACACAGACACACAGGGACAGACGCACACACACACAGACACACAGGGACACAGAGACACAGACACACAGGGACACAGACACACAGGGACACAGAGACACAGACACACAGGGACACAGACACACAGGGACAGACGCACACACACACACGAUAACAAUUCAGUGUCAUUAACUGUGGGCCAGUCGUCCUGCUCCCAGGCCAUGCUGUACUCAGUACAUUCUCUCGUGCCUCUCCCUCACACAAAACGGGGAUGGGCAUCGGAGAGGAGCCCUCAGAAAGCUGAGGCAGGAAGUAUAACCCCCCCAAUCCAUUCACCCCUGGGUUUGAGAGAGGGGGGUUGGAAUUAGCCUCGUUCCCCUGCUCCCUCCUGGUUCCCACUCUCUGCUUCCCAUUCCCUCGGUUUCCUCUCCCCCUCCCAGCCUCCCCCUCCCUCACAGCCUCCUCACUCCCUCCGGUUCCCCCUCGCAGCCUCCCCCUCCCUCACGGCCUCCUCACUCCCUCCGGUUCCCCCUCACGGCCUCCUCACUCCCUCCGGUUCUACCUCGCAGCCUCCCCCUCCCUCAUGGCCUCCUCACUCCCUCCGGUUCCCCCUCCCUCACGGCCUCCUCACUCCCUCCGGUUCUACCUUGCGGUCUCCCCCUCCCUCACGGCCUCCUCACUCCCUCUGGUUCCCCCUCACAGCCUCCCCCUCUCUCCCUCACG